ACGAACGCUUUCAAGUGUCUACAGUGGAUCCUUGAAGAGUUGAACAACAGACGUCGAUCAGUGCGUCCUCAAACGAACAACUCUUACCGACUAGCCCAGAGAGCCACUCUCAAGAUACUGCCUAUGCGCUGUUGGUCUAUGAUGUGUGUGUUGUUAUCGACAGCAGUCAUGGGGCUGGGUUUGUUGGUGUGCACAGCGUUUGCAGCUGACGAUGACGUAAAAUGCAGAGAAGCCAUUCUAGACGUGCAGUCGUCAUCCGAUAAACCUCUUGAUGUCUACCAACUAGAAAACCAAAGGACCUCACUAAUACCUUCAGUCUUGAUUAAAGAAAGUGUCCAUCCUAGCAACAUGGCAUGGUACUACAAACAGACCGCAAACGGACUAGAAAUAAAAUUCAAGUUAGGCCAGAAAGAUAUCGACUUCACAAGAUGGUACAGAAAACUCUAUGUUACCAUGACAAACAAUAGCAGCAUGAUUCAUGUGCGCUACAAAGUGACAGGAAAUCCUAGCCUAACAGGCAAUUGGGGAAUCUUACAUAUCGGAAAGAGACCUGUACUCACUAUUCUGAAUGACACUCGAGUUCCAUUCGCGGUGACGGAAAACGGCACUUUGAAAUUAUGCUUUCAAAUCAUCGGUUCACCUCGACCCACAAACUUGUCGUUGUACCGUGUGAUUGGUGAUGAAUGGAAAGUCGAAGUCGCUCGAAAUCGUUACACAGUCGACGGCAACUGCCUGACGUUUGCUCGAGUGGGAAUGGGAGACGCGGGAAGGAUGUCGGUUGAAGCAUCAAACUGUUUCGGUGUCGAUAAUGUUACAUUCAGUAUUGUAGUGCAAGAACCAACGACAAUGUUUCCAACAACUACGACUACUGAUGCAUUCUCAACACACUCCACAUCAACUGCAUCUCCUUCUACAACUCCUUCGACGACCCAUCAUACAACAGUUUCAACGUCUGCUACCGCACGCUCAAGUCAAAAGCAUUCGUCUGUAGUGGGAACUCUUUUCCUAACGAAAGAGAACCGAAUUCCUUCGAGUGGCACUGACAAAGAUGACGGUCGGUCUCGUGUAGCGUCUACCUCUCUUCUGAGCUCUGCUGUUACUGUUACUCUAAGAACAGCUAGUGAUGCAAUGCAUUUUCCAAUUUGGGGCUAUUGUGUUGGAGUUGUGGGAAUAUUGAUAUUGAUUAUUUUGAUAAUCAUAUCUUUCAUCCUAUUUAUGAAACUGCGUAAAAGUAAAAAAGAGAAUAAGGAAAAAUCAAAUGAAGAUUCUAACAAUUUCCUCAAAAAACUCUCUAACAAUUCAACUACUAAAGGCGAGAGAGUCUACCACGAGAUGCGCUCUCCCCUGCGAGUCUUCCGAAAACCGAGCAGCACCGACAUUCACUACGUCAACCGCGAAGCUGUAGCGCCACACAAAACCCAACAAACAAGCCAAGAAAAUGAACUUACAGGAUACACGACCGUUUCUCUAUCGGCCAAUGAUAAAGCUGUGUCGAGCGAAUACUCUUCAUGUCUACCACCAAGGCGCGUAAAUAGUGCGAAAGCAACGACAUCACAACUUCCUAUCUACGAUGUGCCCGACGCUGCGUUGUACAACUAUCCCACUAAUGGCAAAGCUGCAAUUGAAAGAAAUUACUCUACAGUCAAUUCAGAGACUAAAACAAUCAACCAGAAAAUAGUUUAUUCUGAAGUGAGCAUCGGUGAAGAGCAACAAACGCCGCCGUUACGGACAUUUCGUCCAAGGGCGCCAAUUCAGUACGCAUCUAUUGAUGUUCCGUGAGAUUCUAAGAACACAUAGAUAUAAUACAUGAGCAGCGAUUGACGUGACUGUUCCGAGUGUAAUUAGGUGAAGAAACACUUCCAACUAUUACGCACGUUCAUAUGUAUAGUAAAGAUUGUCUCAUCACACCGUGCACGAACGGUGGAAAGAAUUCGA